UUGGAAGGGAAUUCAAGUCGGAUAGUGCUUCUUUUUACAGGUGUUCAAGGAAUAAGCGAAGCGGUGCUCAAAAAGCUUCAAGAUAAAGCAGCUACACUUACUGCGGCUCGAAAACAACGUGGAAAGAAUCUGCCGGAAGCUCUGGCAAAGCCGGAACUGGUGAAAACAUUCUCGCAGACAUCAUGCCACACCGGAAUUCACAGCACAAGCGUACCAGGCAUCACGGCACUCGAUGUUCAGGAUUCACUGGUGCUGACCGGAGGUGCAGACCGUGCUGUUGUCUUAUUCAACAGCGAAACUGAAACAGUGCUAUCGACUUUCAAGGGACACCAGAAGAAGAUAUCGGCAGUUAUCCUGCAUCCGGGCAAGGAAACGUGCCUAUCAGCAUCGGCAGAUGGACAGGUUCGAGUUUGGUCGGUGAAGGACGAGUCGUGUCGUCAUGUUAUUGAAACUCACGAAAACGCUGUCACAGAUAUAUCGCUGCAUGCAACCGGCGAUUACGUCCUCUCCGUUUCCAGCGAUUCGUCCUGGGCACUGUCGGAUGUUCAUUCUGGAAAAACACUCUGCAGAGUAUCAUCGGAUGAUAAGAAUAAGGUAGCGAUUUGCUGCGGACAGUUCCAUCCGGAUGGUCUGAUUUUUGGCACCGGAACAGCUGAUUCCAUCGUGAAAAUUUGGGAUUUGAAAGAGCAAACCAAUGUUGCCAAUUUCCCUGGCCAUCAAGGUUUCCAUCAAUUUUUUUUUCAAGUUGAGCACAAAUGAAA